GCACUCCCUUCCUACCUCGCUGCACGGAGGUCCCAGACUUCUCUUUCCUCACCUCAUCUACCCAGUGAAAAAUUUCACACUUUUUUUUUUCCCUUCGAUUAUACAUAUAUAUGGCUAGGGUUUUUGAUAAAUAGAUCGAGGUUUCACGGCUAUGGAGGCGUCACAGAGAGACAUAGAUCGGGUCAAGGGUCCGUGGAGCCCCGAGGAGGAUGAGAUGUUGCGGAAGCUAGUACAGAGCCAGGGGGCUCGGAGCUGGUCUGUGAUUAGCAAGGCGAUCGCGGGGCGGUCAGGCAAGUCGUGCCGGCUUCGUUGGUGCAACCAACUUUCACCGGAGGUGGAGCACCGGCCCUUCACGCUAGAGGAGGACCAGAUCAUUGUUAAGGCCCACGCCAAGUACGGCAACAAGUGGGCCACCAUCGCCAGGCUGCUCAACGGCCGUACGGACAACGCGAUCAAGAACCACUGGAACUCUACACUGAAGAGGAAAUACUCAUUGAUGAGCGAUGGCACCGCCGCCACAACUACAGAAGAAACUCUAUCACGACCGCACAAGAAAUCUGCGGGACCGCCUCCUCUUGUGACGGUUUCUAGUCGACAUUACAGUCCAGGUAGCCCAUCUGGAUCCGACGUUAGCGAUUCGAGUCUCCCUGCAAUAUCCACCUCGCACGUUAUUCGGCCUGGAGCGAGAAGUUGCGCGAUUCCCACUGCUUCCCACAGGGACGAGUCACCACCGAUUCAUAACCAAAACAAGGAAGACAACCGGGACAACAAUAACGAGCCGUCGACUCUUCUCAGUCUGUCCCUGCCUGGGACCGAGUCCUACGAGUUUCGUAGCGUCCGUGACUCGCCGCCUCACCGAGAAUAUAGGAAAAGUAAUUCACCAUCAGUAGUGCCCGAUAAUAAAUACAGUACAAAGACGUUUCCGCCAGAUUUAUUGUCUGUGAUGCAGGAUAUGAUUAGAAAGGAAGUGGGGAGUUACAUGGCCAGGCUUGAACUUUGAACAUAGUACUGAAGGCGUUAAAGCAGAGAAAGAAAAAGGUAAGAAAAAAGGAGAUUCAGAAUAGGAAUUAAAGUUUAUAGGAUAUGGGUUGGCAACUGGCUAAACAGAAAGAAACGACCUUUUGUUUCUCUUGUCGUUUAUUUUUGCCUAAUUUGUCUUUCAUAAUCCGAAAAAGGUAUUUUUGAGGCUGCUGUACAGAAAUUAGAUGAAAGAAAGAAAGAAAGUGAUCAUGGAGAUAGAUCUUGGAAGGUUUUUUUGUAUUUGGUUUUGCCGCCGAGGAUGGCAUUAUUAUUAUUUAUUAUGCAAAAUCAGCCUUUAAAGUGUUGAGUUUUUCAUUCUUCUCGGAGGUGGCCGUGCUGUACGUUUUGUACUAAAAUCAUGCCAAUGUCGAGCAAAAAAUAUGGCUAAUUUUUUUUAUUAAAU